AACCAUUCAUCAUGUCAACCACUACUACUUCUUACUCAAGUCGAAUCGAUUCAAAUCCUCAUAAAAAACGUUCAAGUAAAUCAUCAGCUAAUCUGAUUCCUAACAUCAAAUCUCCUUCAUUUCUUGGAAAAUGGAAACGUAGACCAGUUCGAACUUCAAUACGUCUAACUGCUCAAGAAGAAAGAGAAACAAAAGAGCUUCUUCGAUCUCAUCUAGUUAAAAAAGAUUUUAGUUUACCUUUAAAUCUUCCAGCUUGGAGUCCACCUACCAAACUUAAAGAAGAAAUCUCACCUGAAUUACGUUGGUUUAGGGAUUACAGUCAUCUUAAACGAUCUGGACAGCUUCGAAGUCUUCCUAGUACGGUAGAAGCUUCUGAUGAAUCGAAUGGAGCUGAUGAACGAUCAGUUGAUGAACAACUUAAACUAUCUCAUCAUCAUACUGAGAGCCCUCGACGAAAACUUGCAACUGAAACCCUGCUACCUCCUAGAGCUUCUACAUCAUCUUCCAUCGAUCCUUAUCAAGCUCAACCUGACCGAUCUCCUCCGAUGGAACAGAGUGGAUCCGGUAAAGGAAAACCUAACGUUGUAGAACCUAAACCGAUUGAAAACUCACAGGUUGGCAAACCUGAUGGUGAUUCUAAAGCUCAAGAAACUACGGUCCUCGUUAAUGGAAAAGGAAAAGGAAAAGCACCUGAGAUUGUGAUUGAUUGGUCAGAUUGGAAACCACACACUUAUUCUCAAAGACAUAUGGCCGAACUAAGGUUCAAAUAUUCUGAUCGAGCAAGAGAAUUGAAACGAACCGCCGAACGACAACAAAAACAUACACAUGAGACCAAUGAACGAACGCCGGUUUCAGAACGACAAAAGGUUUUGGAAGGAUUAGAGAAAGCUAAUCAAGUGGCUACCAUUGAGAUGGUCGAUUCACUCUUACUCUUCACUCAAUCUUUUCUCUGUCAAGAGGUGGAUACAGCUCAAUCUAAUAUCUCUUCCACUCAACGUAAACAUGAGUUCUUGAGACAAUGGGAAUCGAUGCUUGGGUUCUUUAAUGCGGUCAAAUCGUUUGCUAAACGAUCUGGGAUCGAAUUGGCUUAUGGAAUUUGUCUUAUGUAUGAAGGACUAUUAUUUCAUAGAUUAACUGAAACCGAAAGAUCUUUACUUUUACAAACUUAUGGACACUUAUCUGAACCAGAACAACAAUCAGAAGCCUAUAAGAAAUUCAAAAACUUAUUAUCAAAACAAGAAUCUGGUAAAAUAGCAUGGGAAAGUUCAUACACGAUCUUUGCCAAACUAUUAGAAUCGAGUAGUGAACCGAAUGAAAAACCAGAGGGAGAAAUGAUUAUAGAUGAUAAGAAUCGAAAGUUACCGAUCUUGAGUUCAUUGAUCAAACAAAUGAAACCUAGGAUGAUGGGUCUCAGUCCUGAAUUGAUGAGUAUGGAUGAACCUUGGAGGUUUUGUUGGCCGAUUGAUAGGUUUGAGAGAGGUGGGAUGGCUGAUUUUGUCGCCUUUGCUAGGGCUGGAUUGGAUGAAUGGUUGAAAGGAUCUGGAACGGGUUAUGAGUUGGAAAGGUUUGAUGAUAAGGAUUGGUUGUUUGGAUCGGGUUGA